AUCCUGGAGCACAUGGAUGCGCAUUCUCUAAUCCCACGGGAUGUCUACAAUGAAGCCAAGAACAAGCUUGGACAAGACUGUGCAAAGUACUUGCUGUGGCAAUGUAUUGAUGCUGGUAGCAGCCAAUGCCAGAAGCUGCUGGAAGCACUCCUUGAUAUGCAGGAUAGCUACCCUCAAAUGCAGACAUGGCUGAUGGGCCCAGACGUCAAGCGGCUGUUUCCAACGUUCAAGGGAAUCGUCUGGAAGAUGGUUCUCAGAGCGAAACCUGACCUCAAGCACUGGAUCGGUGUGGAGACUCAACCCCUUGUGGAGCAUAUGAAGAGGCAGAACUCCACGUUGAGGCAACAAAUCCCUGAGGGCUUCCAAUCAUCCUCUGAACUCAUUGACUUUGUCAUUGAUCAUGGGGAGGAGUUCUGUCGGGGACUGAUGUCUGCCUUGAAGAAUCUGCCGGAUCAGUAUAAUAAUAUCCAGCCUUGGCUGAAUCUGCCCCAUGUAAAAUCUAAAAUGCCGCUGUGAGAAUUAUAAGCUCAAAAUCGAAUCCCGAAUCGAUUUAAAUAUCGAACUUGCAGUCUUCAAGAUCCUCCAUGCCAACGUUUCCCAUGGCAUCUCUCUACUCCACUCCACUCACUCUCCCACCUAUCUCCACUCCACUCACUCUCCCACCUCUCUCCACUCCACUCC